AUGAAGCAAAUAUCUGCCUUUUCUUGUUUGUGUACCCUCCUUUACAUUUUCUCGUCCUCUUCGGUGUUCAACGGAGUUGCAGCUACCGCUAAAGAGGAAUGCCCUCCACUUGAAAACAUCCCAGGAGCUGGCACUGUUGCUAUUAGAUCCUUCAGCAACCAAUUAAGUCAAUAUGAAAACAGAGAUUCGGAUGGAGGCCACGUAAAAAAAUGGAUAAGAGAAUUAAACCAAGAGUUCAAGAAGUUUAAAGAUAUGAAAUUUAAAGAAAUCGAAAAAAUAGAAAAACAAAAGGAGGAAGCAUGGGAUCAUUGGCUCACCAUGAUGGAACCAGAAUGGAUUAAUUUUAGCAAUUUCAUGGAAGAAAAGAAAAACAGAUGGAUGCAGAAGAAGGAAGAAGAGUGGAGUCUAUGGAUCAAAGAUAUGGAACACAAAUGGAUUAAUUAUAAAAAAAGAAAGGACAAAAAAUACCUAACCAAAUAUACAGACGGUACCUUAGACUGCACUGAGCGCGAAUGGAACUUCAUGAUGAAAAGAGAAGUGGAAGAAUGUAUGAUCAAUGAUUAUAAAAAAUGGAUGAAGGAUGCUGAGGAUAAUUUACAUAAAUGGAUAUCUAAAGAUCUCGAUAUAUGGAAGAAAAAAAAAUUCGAUGAAUGGUUAAAAGUUGAAUGGAAAAAAGAAGAAGAUGCUUACUGGGCAAAGGAGGGCACUUCACCUUAUGGAGAAUCCGGUAAUCCAUUAUUCCCAUUAAUUAAGAAAUGCUUCGAUAUGUACAAUGCUAGAAAAAAGAGAGAAAAGGAACACUGGAACAAGCUAACCGAGAAUGUUGGAAAAACUAUUACCAAUAAAAAGUACAUUGACUGGGAAAACAUGAAAAGCACCAAAAGCGCUUGGUAUAACGAGUGGAUGGACAUCUUCCUCCAACAGUGCUUAACUUCCAAACUUAAAAAACAUCGACCCCGUCUCCUGUAA